AGUUGAUCAAUACAGUUUCAAACACUAAAGCGAAUUAUCCGUCGAACAAGCACCGUUUUUAAGGAAAGAGACAUUUAUAUAGAAAUCAUUGAAAAGCAGUGAAGAUUAUCUCUUUUAUUUACAAUUGGAUCUAGGCAUUAUAUUUUCAAUGAUUAUUGUUAGUGACUUGUAAGGGCAUUGAAAGAGUAAAAGCAAGUGUGAAUUUAAAUUGUCUAAACGUUUAGACAAAAGACGACACCUUAUGAAUUUGUGACAAUACCAGAUUAAAACAGAAUCAACAGGGAAAACUCGAACUUAGCGAGUUUCCAGUGGACAUUUGAACUUCUAUACCAAGUGAGCUAUUCCAACCGCCAAGCUGUAUUCUACAAACGUAGCACAACCUCCGGUGAAGAUGGAGUACACCGAAAUGGAACCGGACAUGCAGUCUCUCAAGAAUCAAGGAGGGCCGCCUCAGACGGCUCUUCCGGCCACCAGUCAGCACCAUGGUAUGAACGGCCCCGUCUCACACGGCCUCAACAACAAUCACGACGAGGACGACCACUCACCGGGGACUUCCCCUGGUGGAGGCGGCGGUGUAGGAGGAAAGGGCGGGAGUGCCGCCGACAGAGUCAAGCGUCCAAUGAACGCAUUCAUGGUGUGGUCCCGCGGACAGCGCCGAAAAAUGGCACAGGAGAACCCGAAAAUGCACAACUCGGAAAUCAGCAAGCGUCUAGGUGCCGAGUGGAAACUCCUAACGGAACAAGAAAAGCGUCCCUUCAUAGAUGAGGCGAAGAGGUUGCGGGCCAUUCACAUGAAGGUAAUAGCGGAACACCCUGACUACAAAUACCGCCCCCGCCGGAAGACCAAGACUUUGAUGAAGAAGGACAAGUACGCGCUUCCGGGGAUGCCCCAUGGCGGCCCCGGGAUGCAGGCCAUGGGUCAGAUGGGCAGGGACCCCUCCGGUAUGUACAUGAACGGAUACAUGCCAAAUGGCUACCCUAUGAUCACGGACCCGAAUGCCUACCAGCAGAUGCAGCACAUGGGAGCGGCCAUGCAAUCUCAAUAUGGACAGUAUUUACCCACCCAGGGGAUGGCCGGGCCUCAGAGCAUGACUUCCGGUUCCUACAUGAACGGCGCAUCAAGCUACACAAUGUCCAUGGCACCUUAUGGGAUGCCACCACAGUCUCACUCCACGAAACGUGACUCUAACACUCCCACAGGACACUCAGGUGGCGGCGUUCCUUCCCAGGGGGGUCGCCCCAACGGGGUGCCGGCAGGAGACUUACGUGAAAUGAUAAGCAUGUAUUUACCACCCGGAAGUGAUCCCAAUGACCCCAGUGCUCAGCAAAGACUUCAUCAACAAAUGCAAGCCAUGCAGGGACACUAUCAGAUGGCUCCCCCAAUCUCGUCAGAAUCCGUUAAUUCCAAUACUGUGCCGCUUACGCACAUGUGAGAAUUAAAUAUGUUUUAUUAGUUUGUAUUAUAGAUAUAUGUUAAUUAUUGAAACAAUCAGUAUUUAUGUAUAUGUGAAAUUAUGUCUAUAGGGUUUUUAACACGUACAUUUUUCGUACAUAUGAAAUGUGUAAAGUUGUGAAUAUAACACUUCACGUGUUUACAGUCGAAAAUGAACGUAUUAUGUUACAAAUUCUCAUUAAUAGAAAGAUGGUUACCGCCUGAUUUGGAAAUUGGAUAGUUCGGGUUAUUACUGUACGAAAUUAUUCGGACACCUGCUUCGAUUUUUUGGGGGCCUAAAAUUUAGACACUGUAAUUGUCGCCAAAUAAACAUUCUUUAGCUUGACGGUUUAUGGGCAAAUAGUUCGGGUAAUUUUGCGUAUAAUUCUACGACUCACUACACUUGCUAGUAUGCCAAAUUUAUGGGUCUCAAUUAUUUUCUAUUUAUUUUGUCCAAAAUGGUAUACUUUAUAUUUAGAAUGUAUUUAUAGAACAGUCUAAUUUUUGAAUGGGUUGUAAACAGGGGAUACUUGUAGUAAUAAUUCAAUUUGAAUUUUAACAAAUGUCUCAAAAUGACUAAUUGAGGGUAAAAUUUAUUAAUUCCAAUAUUUCAUGUCAAAUGGUAGUCACCGAACUUAAUCGUGGUAAAUUAAUUCCAAUUAUUGAUUUCCGACUUUUGUUUAAGCCGGUAUUAUAAAUUUAGGGUAAAUAUAGAUCUGAUGUUUACAGUUGUCUCACAAAUAUCAUUACAAAAUACCUUUAUUAAUCAUUCGUUACGCUGGUUUAUUUAUUUGAUAUAAUUUGCCAGUUUCUAGGAGACUUUACCUAAUAAACAAAUACGCAAUAUUACAUUUCAUAUUCAUAUUAACCUCGUGAAAUAUUGUUUAAUUGUUUGGGUUAUCGUGGUGGGGUUAUAGAAUUAAACUAAGUGUCUAACAAAUUGUGUUCAACAUAACCUUCACAUUCAUACAGUAAUUUAUUUUAACGACGGGGUAAUGUUUCUCAUGUACAUAGCUUUUUUCAUAUUUCGUGCAGAUUUUAUUGUGUGCGCAUGCGCAUUGUGCUCAGUUGGUGCAGACAUGACGUCAUAUCCGGUCAAGUCUGGCUCAAUUUAACUUACAAAUUAUUGUUACAUUUUAUUUUUCAUAUUUAGAGAAAAGUGUUGUUUUAUGUAGAAAUAUGUCGUAUGAUUUCACUGGUUUUGUUAAUAGUCACAGAGGAGCAGAGGUACGCACAUUUCUGAAUGAUAUCGGCAAAAUUGGUAGACAUAUUUAUAUUUUGUUGACAUUGUUGACAGUCAUAUUUGUAUAUAUGAAAGUAAAAAAAAGUUCUUUUACGAGACAAAAAUAAAUGUCAAUAAUUCAAAAA